CCAGGGUUGCCAGAAACUAAAACAGCCGCCGCAUGCCUUUGUAAGUUAUUUGUGUUUAGAUUUGAAAUAUGAAGAAAUCAUCGAAAGCAGAAAGAAAACUGCAACCGAAGGCGGAGAAGGCACAGAGGGUAGAGCUGUCGUUAUCCCUGUUGCAGGACAAGGCCAAUGACAUAUUGAACUCCACCAGCUUGGAUACAAAAGCAAUACAAACUCUGGUGGACCUGUUGAAACUAACCGACAAUGAGCAACUACACGUACAGGCUUCCGAUGUUAUUUUGGUUUUGGAGGUAAUAUUCAAGAAUUUGUUGAAACGAAAUGCGAUGCACGUGCCUCUAAAGAAUGAAGAACACAAGGCGAAGAACAAACAUGCCAAAUGCCUGAGCCUGUACAAUGAGUUAUGGGCUCACUUGCUCAACUUCAUGACCGACACGGAUUCUAAAGCAGCAGCUGAAAUGUCCCUUAAAGUGGCCAUGCAACUGCUGGCUGUGGAAGCUAAACAUCCAAUAUCACCGACUCCGAAAUCCAAAAAGAAUGAUGUUUGGCCUUUAAAUCGCUUGCAUAGCAUUUUGUACACAAUUGUCAAUGCUGAGCAUACACAGAUCGCGCCCACACUGAAGCAUUUUGAAAAAUAUGCUCGCUGUUUGGAUGUGUUGCAAAAUCUGCUUCAAAUAUUGCCACAACUAGCACCGGAAAAGUCGACGGAUGAGAUCGCAGACAAGGUUCUAAAUUAUUUGGCAAUUGUAAAUUUGCUAGAUAUGGGCAAAUCAGUUCUAAAUGAUCAGCAGUAUCAUGUGAAAUCAAGUGAAUUUGAAUUCGAUUAUGAAAAAGGGCGUCAGGAUUUAAAUCUGAUUUGGCAAAGCAUUUUGAAGAUAGCGUCUUUUACUGGCCUAGAUAAUGAGAAAAUCCAUCGACAAGUUUUGGUUGUACUGUUGGAGAGAAUAUUGCCACACUUGGAGGAUCCCAUACAGUUAACUGACUUUCUAAUGGACUCACUGCAUCAAUUUGACGGCGCUAUUGCUCUGUUGGCCCUGCAAGGCAUUUUCUCUUUGAUGCAAAAACAGAAUAUUACCUAUCCGGAUGUAUAUGAGAAGCUUUAUAACAUGUUCUAUCCCCGUAUGUUCUUCAAUAAGUUUAAGGCUCGCCUUUUCUAUUUGGCUGACAUUUUUCUGACCUCCACACAUUUACCUGAGAAUUUGGUGGCCGCAUUUGUUAAACGCUUGGCUCGACUCUCACUGAGUGCAGCCCCGGAAGAUGCACUAAUUAUGAUACGUUUUGUUUGCAAUUUAUUACUGCGCCACACGGGUCUGCAGCGUUUAAUUCGUGCCACGCCCGCAGAAGCAAAUGAGGCAAUAGUCGAUCCCUAUGACAUUAAUGAGACGAAUCCGAUAAAAUCGAAAGCAUUAGAGAGCUCGUUGUGGGAAAUGGUUUUGCUACAAAAACAUGCUGUUCCCGAAGUAGCCCAAGCCGCUCGGUUUGUCUCCCAAUCCUCAUUGCCUGUUAUGGAAUUCGAUUUGGGUCCUCUACUGGAAAGAAAAACCUGCGAUUUGUUCGAUGAUGAAGUCAAGCAGCAAGCUAAGCAGUUUAUGCUACAUUAUGAUCGUCCAAGCAAUUUUGCGCUACCUAAACAAGAUAUUGUUACCAAGUACUGGGACUUUAUAUAAUUUACAAUAAAUAGAUAAGUCUAUAUCGUU